GAAAAGGAAGUUGUAUGUAAACAUUGGCUGAGAGGUUUAUGUAAAAAAGGUGACGGAUGUGAAUUUCUUCAUCAAUACAAAGCUGGUAAAAUGCCAGAAUGUCACUUCUUUUCUGAAUAUGGAGAAUGUAGUAAUGUCGAAUGUAUCUUUUUGCAUAUUAAACCUGAAGACAGAAUUAAAACAUGCCCUUGGUAUGAAAGAGGAUUUUGUAAACAUGGACCUGAUUGUAGAUUAAAACAUUUAAGAAAAAUUGCUUGUCCAGAUUAUUUAGCUGGAUUUUGCGCUAAAGGUCCAAAUUGUAAAUUUUCCCAUCCU